AAAAGGACUUUGAUUCAAGAAAACUAAUAUUCCAUAUUCCUAAUUUUAUUCUGAAAAACAUACACAAUGUAGAUAAAUCAAUCAAUCAAUCAAUAAAAAAAAAACCAACAACAACAACAACAACAACAGCAACAGCGACAGCGACAGCAAAAAAAGUAUGGUACCAAGAAUGCGAAAUUGCUGCAAAGACGUAUUUCAUACAAUAAUCACAAAAUACGCUUUUUGUGCACACACCCUUCAUAGUAAACUUUUUAGUAAGGCUUAAAAAGUAUAGUUUUGUUUCCUUAGCGAGAGAGCAGACUCUACUGGAGCCACAGGCGAUAGACUUAAGGAGGGAUCAGCUAUCAACCAGUCGCUUUCCACCCUAGGAAACUGCAUCAAAGGUAUAAAUGACAAUUAUCACUUUGUUUUUGCGAAUCUUAUAAAACUCUUUACAGGUUCUUUAGCCUGCUACACAGGCAUUUUUAGUGUUGUCACGCAACGCGUGACGGCAUUUAAACGGCUCUGGAGCAGACUCCUCUUAUUUUUUUCAGUACGAUCGUCGAGCGAAUGAGCGCCAAAUGUGGCCAUCUUGACCGAGUUCUUGCUUGAAGAUGACUUAUCUCAUCUAUCCAGUGUAUCUAGGGGGCGGAGGACGCCAUAAACCCGCCCCCUCGUUACAUUUGAAACCAAUUACAAAAUGGCUGCCAGUGACUGUGAGCUUUCGAUCUUGACGAUCUUAUGACAAAAUAGAGGAUUGUGAAUAGUAUACGCCAGUCUCUCUUACUGUUCUGAAGGGGAUUGUACAGGCUUGUUCAUCAAUUUUUGAUCUCUAUCUUUUCUCAUUUUCCUUUUUGUAGCUUUGGCCGAUCUGUCAAUGGGAAAGAAAGGAGCUCUCGGUAAGCUAUUUCGCAGACCUAGUAGGACCCUAGCAUUCUAUAAUGCACGUUUGCCAAAACUGUUGCUUAAACUGAUGAGGAAAAAAAUUCAAACAAAGGAAACAGAAAAAAAACAGUUAGCUCAAACAUCGCAUUUUGGUAAAUUUGUAAGUAAAGUUUUUGUCUGCUCAACGCAGUAGAAGAUGGCAACAUAGACUUAUACACAAUAAAUUCUCACGUAUAUUUAAUAAUCUUGCAUUAAAUAUUUGGUGUAGGUUGCAGGCAAUCUCUUAUUUGUCUUUCGAGUUACAUUAAAACGAGAGUGCGCGUGUGGGGCUCGCGGCCAAGCCGCGAGUAACGAGGGCUAUAGCUCGAGAGAAGCUUUGCACCAAUCCCUCCUCUUUUUUACCCUUUUCACAUUAAUUUUCAUAAUUUUAUUUUUUUUGCUCGCCGCGCAUGGCUCUAAGGAAAGAAGGAUGACCACUCGCGGUCUAAUUUUUUGGGAAAAUUCUGCCACGUUAAUCGACUAGAAAAAAAUGCUUGUCCCGAUACCCCCCACUCCCAUCCAAAAAUAAAGCGGCCGUUCCAAUAAUUGUUAUUUAAUUGCCUACUAAAAUCUAGUGGGGAGGGGGACAUGACUUAUUUCUUAUGACAUUUGAAUUCUCUCUCCUGCAGUUCCUUUCCGCGACUCUGUCCUCACCAAAUUGCUCAAAAACGCUUUGGGUGGAAACAGCAAGACGAUAAUGGUGAGAAAUUUGCUGGUUAGCUUUUCAAAAAAGUGUAAUUGCCAGCUUUGGUUUGCGGAUGUUUUUGUUGUUGUUGUUGUUAUUGUUGUUAUUGUUUUUAAUAGUUGUAGGCGUACCAUGUACUUUUUCAGUUUAACAGUCCAAACUUUAUUAGUCUGUAACCUGUGCGUUAGAUGUCUUAAAGAAUUUUUUGUUUAAUUUUUUUUUGGUAGAUCGCUGCCUUGAGCCCUGCUGACAUCAAUUUUGAUGAGACAUUGUCAACAUUGCGUUUCGGUAAGGUGACCAUCUUUGUCUUCACACAGAGCAAUCUUAGUUUCUAAUGAGUUCUCCAAGUACGCCCACAACACAAUAGCACAACCUGAGCCGUUUACCAUUUGUAAACCAUUUCCCAGGGUUUUCUCCUACGCGUUCCCUAAUGCGUGAGAGAAACCUGGGAAAGACGUUGAUGCCAUUCACACUGACUUUCCACCCACCCGACCCUGUUGAAAAUACAGUUGUACCGCUGUAUUAGAAGCAGAUGCUUCUGAUUAGAAGCCACCCUUUUAAUUUGUACGAUACACUGUUUUUUAGCCGACAGAGCGAAGGCCAUCAAAACCAAAGCUGUUGUCAAUGAAAGCCCGACAGAGAAGCUGAUCCGUGAACUGCGAGAAGAAAACCAAAAGUUAAUGGAGCAGUUGAAAAUGGCUGGUCAGCCUAUCAUUGUUCCAGGGGAACCCGGACAACCGCAGAUGGUAGGAGUGUCUGAAGAAGGUAAACUAUUGCGCGUUUGCUAUCCUUUUACCUCUGUGCAGUCCAUUUUUAGUAAUUAUCAUGGUCUGGUUUAAACGUCGCAUUUCACAUGGGCCAAAUUUAAUGCUAAUGAAGUAAAUCUAUUGUCAGAUGGUGUCACAAAUUAAA